AUGAAGAACUCAGAAGGAUGGGACGGCAAGCUACGAGUCGAGCCUAAGGCCGUCAUCACAAAUCCAGAGGCUCUAGAGGACUCGGACUAUUCGGACCCGGAGGCACCGCCUGUGGAGGAGAUCGACGCGGACGAAGAUCUACUGGCGGAUGAGGAUGUGAACGUCGAGGAUAUUGACCUGGUUCAUUGUCGCGUAUCGUCGCUCACUGCGCUACGGUUGGAACGGUAUCAUCCACUCUCCACCCUACGCCGUGUCUGUUUCGAGGAAGAAGAUGCAAGGAUCCAUGUCUUGCUAGAGCGCGUCGGGUCUUUCGUCAUCGACAAGCCUCGAAUUUGCAGGAAUAGCAAGCUAACAAGUCGGUUCCUACAGAGACUAUGUCUGCGCCAGAACCAAAUAACACGCAUCAAUUUCCCAACAGAACUCGCCGAGACGUUGACGGAACUCGAUCUCUACGAUAACCUUAUUUCGCACGUCAAGGGCCUCGAUGAGUUCCACAACUUGACCAGCCUCGAUCUUAGCUUCAAUAAGAUCAAGCAUAUCAAGAAUGUGGAACACCUGAAGAAAUUGACGGACAUUUACUUUGUCCAGAACAAGAUCUCGAGGAUCGAAGGGUUAGAGGGACUGGAAAAGUUGCGGAAUCUAGAACUGGGAGCGAAUCGCAUCCGGGAAAUCGAGAAUCUCGACACACUUGCCGCUCUCGAGGAGCUCUGGCUCGGAAAGAACAAGAUCACGGAGAUGAAGAACCUGGACGCCCUCUCCAACCUCCGCAUUAUCUCAAUCCAAUCCAACCGUCUCACCAACAUCACCGGACUCUCCAAUCUCCCGAACCUGGAAGAACUAUACCUCUCCCACAAUGCCAUCACCGACCUCUCUGGCCUCGAAUCUACCACCACCCUCCGCGUCCUCGACUUCUCGAACAACCAAGUCUCCCAUCUCGAGCACCUCGGCACACUGAAGAAUUUGGAAGAGCUGUGGGCGUCUAAUAACCAGCUCACCAGCUUUGACGAGGUCGAGCGAGAGCUGAAGGAUAAGGAGAAGUUGGAGACUGUUUAUUUCGAGGGCAAUCCACUGCAGAUGAAUGGUCCGGCCGUGUAUCGGAAUAAGGUUCGGUUGGCGUUGCCGCAGAUUAAGCAAAUUGAUGCGACCUAUGUACGAGUUUGA